AUGACGAACAAAUAUGUCUCCAUAAAGUCAUGUGAUGGACUGCGGUCGAGGAUCAUUCCCGAGUACAUCGAGUCGCCACAUUCUAAACUACAGAGCCUUGUAUGGCAGAACUCGAUGAGGAAUAUCCUUGUUGUGAAGAAGCCAUGGGCACCACAUGUUCGUGCUUCAAUGGUUGAGUUUGUCAAUUUCAUCCAUGACCACUACCCUGAGCUGAACGUUAUCGUGACCAAGGACGUUGCCGAUGAGAUAGCGCAGGACUUCAAAUCCUUCCCGAAACAGUCCAAAUCGUCGCCCCAUGUUCUCUACACCGGCGAGGUUGACGAGAUUGUACCAAAGACCGACUUGCUGGUCACUCUUGGUGGAGACGGAACCAUCUUGAGAGCCGUGUCGAUGUUCUCCAACCAUAUCGCACCACCGGUUUUAUCCUUCUCAUUGGGCACGUUGGGGUUCCUGUUGCCAUUUGAUUUCGCCAACCACAAGGAGGCCUUCCGUGAGGUUUAUACAUCAACAGCAAAGGCUCUACACCGUACCAGGCUGGAGUGCCAUGUUGUGCGGAAAUGUGGUGAUGACUCAUUGGAUUCUUGUCAAGAGCAACGCCAGAUGCUACAUGCGAUGAACGACAUCGUGCUGCACCGUGGUGACACGCCAAACCUGACAACUUUGGACAUCUACGUGGAUGGGGAGUUCUUGACUAGAACGACGGCAGAUGGUGUCUGUCUCAGUACACCAACUGGUUCCACAGCAUAUUCUCUAAGUUCUGGUGGUAGCAUUGUGCAUCCACUGGUUCCAGCAAUCUUGAUAUCGCCAAUCUGUCCACGUUCCCUGAGCUUUAGACCCCUGAUAUUACCACUAACCUCACAUAUAAAGAUUGUCAUUGCUAAGAAGGCCUCUGGCGAGAACAAUGUUCGCAUGUCGAUAGACGGUAUCCCCCAGGACUCCUUGAACAUUGGCGAUGAGCUACACAUAAUGAACGAGGUUGGCACGAUAUUCGUAAAGAACAACAAGUUCCCCUACUCAAAGAAGGAGAUCAGUGCCAAACAGAGUGGUAUCUACUGUAUCGCCAAGUCUGAGAACGACUGGGUAAGAGGAAUCAAUGAACUGCUAGGAUUCAAUUCUUCCUUUAAAAACCAGGCAAAGCCAAAGCUCUAG